AUGCGUAUGAAUGUCAAAUGGGAGAUCGAAGAGGAGCGACGAAAAUUUCGUCUUCACCUUUAUCGUUUCAUACACAAAUGGGAGGGCCCACUUCCGAAUCUACUGAGCAUUUUCCGAAGGGACGAAAUCGAUUGGCUUAUCACGGAUGAAUUGGAGGUCGAUGUCCCGGGUCCAUUUAUCGGCUUUGCCAUCAGUGCGGGCUACAAAGACAAGCCCGACCUUGAUAAGAACCGCAAGCCGUGGUUGCGCCGUAUCACGCCGGUGCAUCGUGCUGCUAAACUCAAAAACCGUGCCGUUUACGUUCGUGCCCACCUCAAGGGACUGUUUAAGAUAUUCGCCAAUUUCAACGUGAAUUACGCCGACGGGUGUGGCUUGACCCAUUUUCAUAUAGCCUGCCUGUUUGGCCUCGAGGACGUCGUGGAGAAAUUCCUCGAACGCGGCCAAGAUCCCAAUUGCCGCGCGCCGCUCGGAGGCGAUUCGCCGCUGCACUUAAUUUUUCUCAAGUCCGAUUACAGACUCGAGGAGACGAUUAAAUUGCUGCUUAGAAGAGGCGCCAAUCCUAAUGCAGUCAAUGAGGAAGGAAUGACCCUUUUGCACAACAUUUGCAUAAAUAAUGAUAACGUCUGUUGGGCGAUAAUGUUAUUCAAGUUCAGCGAGAAAAAAUACCAUCCAGUGCGGGUCAAGGCUCGGGACAGGUCAGGUAAAACACCGUUGCACCUGGCUCUGAAGAACAGAAACAGAAUGUUGGUGGAGUUGCUGCUGAAAAGAGGCGCCAAUCCAAAUGUGGCCGAUAAGGAAGGAUUGACUCCUUUGCACAUUGCGUGCAAUGGUAACUUGGACGAUCAAGAAUUGGUGAAGAUGUUAUUCAAGUUUAGCAACAUCAAAUAUCAUCCGUUGCACAUAAACGCCCAGGACAAUUUGGGUCACACAGCCUUACACUAUGCUCUGAUUAGCCAGAACAAAAGUUUGGUAAAACUGCUGCUGAAAGAGGGCUCCGAUCCCAAUUUGGCCACCAAGGAGGGAUCGACAUCUUUGCACAUCAUUUUCAAUGAUCGCCGCCACCAUACAGAAUUUGCAAAGAUAUUAUUCGAGCUCAGCAAUGAAAAAUAUCAUCCAUUGCAGGUCAAUGCUAGAGACAAGUGGGGCCGAACACCGCUACAAUUAGCCGUGGCGCAUCUUUUGCUCAAUGAGAUUGAUGUACUCUUGGAUCAUGGCACUGAUCUGUCUAAUUUUGCUUUUCCCGAUAUAAUUGUAUCCGAGUAUUAUAAAAAUGGGGGAAAAGAAUUUCUAUUAGCUCCUCGCGUUCUGGCCAUCGUUGAACGCCUUGAAAAAAGAGGAUACGAAUUGUAUCGAAGCGACGCCUUGAAGAUCAUGAAAUUUUUUGCUGAAUGCAAACUGUUCGCUAACUCGAUCGAUCGUCGCACGAAGAAGGCAUACAAAAAGGCAACUAGAGAAUUCAUAAUUUGUCAAAGAGUAAAUUACAUCUAA